AUGGCCUGCUGCUCCACUAGCUUCUGUGGAUUUCCCACCUGCUCCACCAGCGGGAACUGUGGCUCCAGCUGCUGCCGGCCCAACUGCUGCCAGGACAGCUGCUGCCAGCCCAGCUGCUGCCAGAACAGCUGCUGCGGGACCGGCCGUGGCACUGGCGGCGGCCAGGAGGGUGGCUGCGGAGCCGUGAGCUGCCGCGUCAGGUGGUGCCGCCCUGACUGCCGCGUGGAGGACACCUGCCUGCCCCCCUGCUGUGUGGUGAGCUGCAUACCCCCCACCUGCUGCCAGCUGCACCACGCCCAGGCCUCCUGCUGCCGCCCGUCCUACUGUGGACAGUCCUGCUGCCGCCCCGCCUGCUGCUGCUACUGCUGCCAGCCCAGCUGCUGUGAGCCCACCUCCUGCCAGUCCACCUGUUGA